ACUCAGCAGCUCGACGGAGCGGAGAGAAUGGAGGGCGGAAAGCGAGCCCACCCCGGCUUCAGCGGCCACAAGUACUCCCUACUGGUGGUGGUGGGGGAGCACAGCGCCGCGGGGUUCGUGGAGUACCUGGUGGCGGAGAUCGAGCGAGGUAUCCGCUCAUGGGACGUGGACCUGUCAUCCUGUAACCUGGAUGAGCAGCUCAAACUGUUCGUCUCCAGACACUCAGCCUUCUUCUCCGAGGAGCUCAAAGGCCAGAGGACACUGCAACACAGUGGCGAUGUCCUGGAGACCCAGGUGGUGGUGAACCCGUCUCAUGUUUUGGUUUGCUCAGAGGUUCGGCGACUUAUUUCUGACGUGUCUCGUCACAAGCUACUGAUUCUCGCCGGGCAGUGUGUGGAAGACUCUGGAGACCUUGUGUUGCAAACUGGAUGCUUUUCACUAAAUGACUUCAUCCAGAUAUUUGCAGAUGAAGAGAUUGGUGAGCUGUUAAGCUCAGCAGAUCCUACACAAAAAGCAAGCCUCACCCUGAGUUGCCCCAAGUCUGGAAUGUGGAAGCAUUCUCAGUUGGAGAACCACAACUUGCAAGACUUCAUCGAAAUCAAGACCAACCCUCCAUCAGUGCUACCAGAGAUGGAAGGUUUGCAGGAGUUUACGGAAUAUCUCUCGGAAUCCCUGGAACCUCAGUCACCUUUUGAACUCCUGGAGCCUCCUAGCACAGUUGGUUUCCUAAAGCUGUCGCGUCCCUGCUGCUAUGUGUUCCCCGGUGGAAGGGGUGACUCUGCCUUCUUUGCUGUGAACGGUUUCAAUGUCCUGGUCAACGGUGGAUCUGAUCCCAGGUCCUGUUUUUGGAAACUGGUGAGACAUUUGGACAGGGUUGACUCUAUAUUGCUAACACACAUUGGUUCGGAUAACCUGCCUGGAGUGAACAGCCUCCUCCGCAGGAAAGCAGUGGAGCAGGAGGAAGAGGAGUCAGCUGGCUCCCAUAGCAGUGAGGACUGGCAGAGGAACUUGAUUUCUCCAGAAAUUGGGGUUGUGUUCCUCAAUGCGCCGGAAAGACUUAAGACACAACAAGGCGAUCCCAAAGUCUUGCGGGGUUGUGAUCUGGUUGCACUAACACUACAGCAUUUAGAAAAGUUAUCUAUCUCCCCAGAAUCCCUCAGUCGUCCCAAUAGCCCAAGCAUUGAACCAAUGAUCCUCUUUCAGAAGAUGGGUGUGGGGCGUCUCGAGCUGUACAUCCUUAAUCCCGUCAAAGGUAGUAAAGAGCUAGAGAAUAUUAUGCAAACAUGGCCCAGCAGUGCCUCUAAUGUAAAAGGAUCAGAGAUCCCUCUACCUUGCCUGGUUUCCAUUUGUGCCCUGUUGGUUUGGCAUCCUGCUAACCCUCAGGAGAAAAUAAUUCGAGUUCUGUUCCCUGGUUGCACGCCACAGGCCAAGAUUUUUGAGGGGUUAGAGAGAUUGAAACAUCUAGACUUCCUCAAAAACCCAGUGGUGAGUUUAAAGGACCUUGGGUCAUCCAAAGUUGAUAAACAACCAAAGCGUGCAGAGAGCAAGGAAAGCCUUAAGUCUCUUUCCAAAGACUCGAGACCAGGGAGCACCUCACUCCUCAAAGAAAAGGUAAGCAAAGUUGACAUAAAGAAGCAAGACACUAAGGUUAAGCCCAAGUCCAUUACUGAAAAUAGCCAAAAAGAGGGUAAAGAAGGGGAAGACAAAGCAAAGCCAAAAGAUGAUAUGAAACAAAGAACCUCUAAGCCUGAAAAGCAAGUGGUUAGAAAAGACCCUGUGAAAGAGGAGAAGAAGGAAAUUAAGAAGAAAGAGGAGAGGCCUUCAACGAGUGUUGCAAGGAAGGAUGAAAACGCUGAGAAAAAGAAGGACCCCCUGAAGAAAGACCUGGGUCCUAAGCCUAAGAAAGACAUUAAACCUGAAAUAAAGAAGGAGAUUAAAAAGGAGGUCAAGCCAGAGGAGAAAAAAACAACCACUAAACCUCCUGUUAAGGAUGUGAAGAAACCAGCCGGAAGCUUAUCGGCAUCUGCUGACGCAAGGAAGUCCUCUGGAAAGAAUGGACCUAUAAAGAAGGAUGCGACCAUCCCUAAAAAGGAUGGUAUACCAAAAGGGAAGUCGAAGCCAGAGAAAAACGAGGGCGCUCCGAAACCAAAUUCUGAAGGAGAUGCAAGUCGGUCAAAGAUGUCCACACCUGAGGAUGUUAGUGCAGACUUGGAGAAGUUGAAGAUUGAAAAUGAGCGUAGUGAAAUGCGAGAUGCUGAGGGCAAUAUUUUAUGUUCAGCAGCUGAUGGUGCACAGCAUGAUCGUGAAUUGAAUGGAUCGGGGGCCAAAGCAGAGUUAUCUGAAAGUCCAGAGAAAUUUCGAAGUAUGGAGACGGUUCCUGCCUCCAACUCUGCUAUUGGUCCUCUUUCACCACUUGCAAAGACUCCAAAAAGUGAGAAAAGUGUCAAUUUUGAUCUCACACCAACAGAGCACAGGUGGAUGGAGGAUGGUGGUCUCAAAGAGGAGCUUUUGAGAAGUGGACCAGAAGAUGCUUGUGCAAGCUGUGAUGAGAAAACACUUGAGAUGGUCUCUCCACCAAACAGUGCAGGACACACUCCAUUCCAUCAGUCUCCUGAAGAUGAUCCUCAGGGCUCAGGUGAGGACAGUAGCUUGGGGAUCAAGGUGCCCAGUCUCAGUUUUGAAGAUAGUCAUGAGGGAUCCUACAGAAACUCUGAGGCUGGUAGCUCAAAAAGUCACUUGGGAAACAACUCCACUUCCUCGCAAGACAAGCAGUCCAGUUUCCCAUCGUUAGGCUCUUUUAAGGACAUGCUGCCUGAUGCCUCCUCAACAGUCACAUCUUUACCUGCUGAAGUAGGUUCUCCACAUUCCACUGAAGUUGAUGAUUCAUUGUCUGUUUCUUUUGAGCAAGUACUCCCACCUUCCUGCAAGGCCGAAGACAGAAUGUACACCAAUGGACAUUUGGUAGAAACGGAUUCCAAAACAGACAUGUCACUACCUUUGAGAACAUCUCAUAAUUGUAGGCAAACAUACGAUGGGUCAGAGAAUCAUCUCUCUGGACCCCAAGAUCUUUACACUGAUGUUCCACCCCACGAUGUUGACUUGUGCUUGGUCUCACCCUGCGAAUUUCAACAUCACAAAUCUUCUGACAACCAAAAGGCCUCGUCCCCUGGGUUACCCAGCCCGAGUCCUCAUGAGUUCUCGACCGAAAGUGACCUUUCUCAGGAGCUUGUCAAGCUGCCCUCCCAGGGAAACAACAGUGACUGUAACUCUCCACAGGGCCAGGAGACAACGCUAACCUCUGUUAGCGACUCCCUCCCUCCCUCAGACUCAGAUGUCCCACCUGCUACCGGAGAGUGUCCCUCCAUUAGUGAGGAUUUGGAUUCUGACGAGGACUCUUCUGAAUUCCCACCACAUCAUCCACAUGAUCACCCUACUAGCCACUCAUUACACAGACACUCUACACAUUCCUCCCCAGAUCCUCCACCGGCGCCAAUGAAGGACUUGCCUCCUCUGCCGCCUCAGCCUGGCGCCUGCAUGGCUGACCCUGACACUGAUGCCCAAGGCAAAUCUCCAAAGAAUGUGACUGCAAAACCCAAAAAAACAGCAACGUCUGGCACACAAAAGGUGUCAUCUGCAAGCAGUUUGGCACAGAAUAGCAAGACAAAGACAGGUACUCAUUCAACCGCAAGUGGUACAAUUCGGGCUACAUCCAGUCUGGACACAAAGCCUGCCUCUCGUAGCACUGUUAGUAGCACUAGGCCACCAUCAGGAGGUGCCAGGCCACCAUCAGGUCCAGUGGGGAACAAGACAAUUGCCACAACGGUUUAUUUGGACCUGGCGUAUCUGCCCUCAGGCUUUGCAGCAUCCACCAUUGAUGUGGAGUUUUUCCGCCGUGUGCGCUCUUCAUGUUAUAUAAUAAGUGGAGAGGAACCUUACAAGGAGUCGAUCAUGAGGCCCAUCCUGGACUCUCUGCUAGAAGGCAAGGUGGCUUGGCCAGAUGUGCAGGUCACCCUGAUCCCCACUUUCGAUUCGCUGACGAUGCAUGACUGGUACCAGGACACACACGAGAGACAAAAGGAACUGGCCAUAACAGUGUUGGGCAGCAACAGCACAGUGGCCAUGCAAGAAGAGACAUUCCCUGCCUGCAAAGUGGAGUUUUGAACAAGAAAAGAAGCUCCUGCAGGUUGAAAUGACGAAGAAAUGACGAUUCACUCCCCUUUUAAUCACUAGAGCACUUAGGCCUGUUUCCACGAGUGUAACUUUAAUAGAAAACGGUUCUGUUUUUUUUCUCCUUUUUGAACAAUAUUAGCUCGGUCACCUGGAAGCAGCACUGAAAUGUGCUUUUAAAUAGCACAUGCUGACCGAGAGUAGCCAGAAUCAGCCAGUCUACAGGAGCUGCAUAGUAAAUAUGAUGGGGACAAAAAGGGGGUAAACAAAGUCGCCAUGCAUUUCACUCAUUUUAAAUGAAAGCUUGUUUUAGGAGUUCCUUAAGAGAGGCUGUAUACUUUAUUCAUCACUAGUUGGAGGUACCAUGAGGAGAGCAGCGGGUUUUUCAUUUCACGUGUUACUACAGCUUGGAUCGUUUUGCAUGGUUGCACAGUUUGGAUUUUCUGCACAAAGUGGGGAAACACAAUACAGCAGACUUUGAUGGAAAUCGUCUUGGACAGCCGUUUUUCUGGUCACCCUGCGUUUUGUCUGGAAACGCCAGAUCCUUUACUUUGGCUGUUUAGAUUUUGUACUUGCUGAAGCACAGCGUGGUUUUUUUUUUAUCUUUUUUUUUCUUAACCCUAAAGAUUGAUUUCUCUGUAGAAACACAUUCUCGAUGUCUGCAUCACACACGACUGCAUGUUUGGAUUAGUUUUGAGUGUUGGUGUUGUACAGACUAGUCCUCCACCACACAUAAGGACCAGUAUUUGGUUAUGUGUUGUUUACUGUGGGUCGGCUUUUCGGGCAUAUAGUUUAGUCCUGGACUCCUUUAUUGUUAACGGUACGCUCUGCAUCACUCGGUUUACUACAGAGGUGAAGGAUACAUGUUCCUACAUUUCAAGCAAACUUAAUAAGCUGUAAUUGCUUCGUUUACAUUCUACAGUGGCCUCAAAAAGUGUUUGGACACUGUUGGUAAACGUUGAGCAAGUUCUUCAGGUUACUUCAUAAAAUGAAGCCAGACUGCACUAAAGGUUCUGUAAAGCUCAGAUGUGGAGAUGUUUUUCUUGCAGUGGUGUCGCUGACCUCAUGGUCACUGAUGGAUCGUGUACCAAGACAUUUUUGGAUGCAAACCUGCAGAAAUCUGCAAAGAAGUAACCAUCUGAAAAUCAGCAGUCGCAAAGAAUACCAAAAAUAAAAUGACACAAUCAGAUUUAUACAUUUUAAAGUGUCGCACAAAGGUCCAAAUAAUUUUUGUUGCUGUUGUUGUUGAUGAUGAUUAUUAUUAUUAUUAUUAUUAUUAUUAUUAUUUAGGGCUGACAGGUUGUUUAUAUAAAAAAUGCAAUUUAAGAGAGAGCAAUUUUCAAACAUUAUCUUGGUUAUUUUAAUUAUUAUAUGGUUAGACCAGUCAGAGGCAACUAAACGUCCAUGUGUUGUGACCUCACCAUCACAACUUACUGGCUUUCUGGCACACUACAUUCAGAGGUCAAACCUCAAGCUAGAAAAAGUGGAUAGUCUGGUCUUCUAAUAUUAAUUAUUAUUAUUAUUAUUAUUAUUAUUAUCAGAAAAAGAAAACUCUGUAUUUUUAACUCUAAGGCAAAGAAAGAACUCCCUAUUCCUAAUAUCAGAAAAUAAUCCUGUAACUAAUCCAGCCUUUUUAACUGAAUGAAAACACACAAUUUGCACCUUUUUUAAAACUCAUGCUGGUGGUGCAUUUAUACAGAGUUUGAGUAGUUUGAGCUCAUCUUAAGUGGAAGUGCUUCAAUUAAAAAUAUUUAUUUAAGGCUUAAAAGCUUUUAAAGAAAAAAAUCUAGGAUUGGUAUGAGCAUUAGCGGACACUCAGGCCCGGAUCAUAUUUCAUGCACGUACGCGAAUUCAAAUGAGCUCAGCCCUUCUGUACAAACUCAGCCUGCAUUCUUAUGUUACUAUGGCAGGUAAAAUACUCAGUACUGAAGGGGGCGCUAGAGGACAAAUCAGAGAGGGUCUACUGUUGUUCCAACAGCCUCAACAGCUAAAUGUGUGCAGUAGUGGAGAGUGAGCUGCUUUACCUCUUCUGCUGGAAUGGAAAGGCAAUAAUGGAUCAUAUUUUUAUGAUUAUGUAAAUCAUCUUUGCGUGAGACUCAGCUGCUCGUCUGCUGUGGCAGUUUAGAAAACACGCUUGCCGUAUGAGACCGCAUGGACAGGCUUGGCUGCGCUAUAGCGCCCCUUGCUCUAACGCUCAGAAUGCAGCUCGUGUUUGCGUUGUUAUGAAAUGCGUUGUGGCACAUUUUUGAAUGCAACUACGCGCAAAACCCCAUCUGCGUAGCUCGAAGCGGCUGUGUUCACGUCCUUGCAUAAAGUAUGUUUCAUUUCAUAGAAAACCAAAUUCUCCUCACUUUUUUUGAGUUUGAUGUCGUCUUUAAACGCGUACCGUUCACUCCUCAGUCCUUACAGUCCAUUUAUAGCCUGUUUCGAAUUCACUGUUUUUGUGACGUCACAGAAACCAACAUAUUUGCAUAUCAGCCUACUGCAAUUUAGCCACGCCCAUUCACACUGAACUUAUAAGGAGUGUUUCAGUUCGCUCUGCUGUUUCGAAUGAGAGGUUACUGAGCUCAUCUGCAUAUAUCAGUCUUCAAGGCACAGUAACCAAAACAGCCUGUUUAAUUCAAAUGAAUAGAGGUUGUAAAAUGGUCAUGUAGAAAUGAGUUGGUACAUAAAACCACACGAGUGUAAGGUAGAGGAAAAAAUAACACGCUGAAAAUGAAUGAUUUGGGCCUUUUAUGUUUUUUAGCACCAAUAUUGGUAUCAGAAAUGAAAAAAUGAUAUCGUGCCAUCUCUCUAUUUGCACAUGUAAAAGCCUUUUCAUUAAUAAAUCGUUGUUGUGGGAAGAAAACCUCGUAUCUCCAUUUUUGUAGUUUUUGACGUAAUUUGAAAAUGCCUGUUCUCCUUUACAUUGUGUGUAAAUUUCAUUAAGAAUGGACCCAAAGAAAUGGUCCAGAAUUUCUUGUAAAAAAGUCUGGUUCCAUUGACUUCCAUUAAAAGUAAAUAUGUUUUUUCCUUCUCCUGUAAAGGCACCAUUUUGGAGAUACAAGGUUUUCUUCCAGUGAAAUGUUGAUAACACAGUGUUAGAAUCAGUGUGGCUUUAAUGUUAAGUAACAGUUAAGAAUCAUUUAUGGUCCAGGACUAAACUUAAUCCAGAAAACCGACUCUAAUCAUUCAUUUAACAAAGUCAUCAAAUCCCGAAAAAACCCAUAACAGAUUCAAAGACCCGAGACUGUAAUUAGCACCACUGUCUCGCUCUGCUGAACCAAAGUUUCCUUCCUGAAGGAAACCAGCGGACUUUACGUACAGGAACAGCACAGAGCGUCAGGACGAAAGCUGUUAGCGUUUACUUUCAGUGGAUGUGUACGUGCCUGUGUACUAAUUGCACACACAAUGAUUAAAAUGGAGAAAACGGUUCUUAAUGAGCUCAACUUGUGUUGAUUCUAGAACGUGGAGAUGCACUCAGCCUUUUCGUGAUGCAUCACCACAGCAAACCAGAGCAGACUGAGAUUCGCUGUUAAAGAGCGCAAAAGCCUUCAACACUAACCGACCCAUUUAAAGCUCAGCCGUAUGCGCUAAUGCUGCUAGCGGUAAAUGCAAACUAGAAGCAUGAAAUCCUUUGGCAACAUUAGCGUUUUUGGCUGAACCCCCCCCUUCGACUCUGUUUAAGCUGAUACGGUAUCUCUACUUUCAUGAUAUUCGCAAAAGCCAAAUUCUAAGAAUGUGUUUUUGUGUUUGUUUUGUUUUGUUUUGUGCACAUAAAGCAGUGCGCUUACUUGGAUUUCUGAUAUUUCUUGAACUUCCUUUGCCGUUCUUCUUUCUAAGGUACAGAAUUUUACCGUUGUCCAUAAAUGCGUGCAUGUGUGGAGCUCCAAAUGCUUCACAUGAGUCAAAAUACUCUGGCAUUAAAGCAGACCAUCUGCACUGUAAUGUGAUUUAA